AUGCACUGGGAGGAAUGGGCGUGGUGUGUGCGCAACGCGGUAAGCUCCACGGAUGCCCCACAAGUAAUUCCAAGAUUGGCUCCUAGUUUGUUCAUGGAAGAACUUAAAAAAAAUUGGAUCGAAGAACAGCUGAGACUGAAACAGCAAUGUGUGCUAGAGGAUAGUCAUGAAAUCUUGGAAAAACUCAAUAGCGGUACACUGCUUGUGGGAGGUCUUGACAUUUCCUACUCCAAAAAUGUUCCGUCCCUAGCCUUCGUUGGCGUUUCUGUGGUGCGGAUCAGUGAUCCUGUUUCAGAAACGCAGUGUGAAACGCUGGCAGUGGACUGCAAUCGUAUAACAGUAGAAGUUCCCUAUGUACCCAAUUUUCUCGCCUUCCGCGAGGUACCCGCCUACGUGGCCGCGGUUCGCGCGUUCGAGACGCACCAUGCAGCCCUCGCUCCUGACGUUUUCAUGGUAGACAGCAAUGGAACGCUACACCCUCUUCGCUUCGGUGCCGCUUGCCACCUUGGCGUGUUGCUGGAGCGACCCACCUUCGGAGUAGCCAAAAAUCUGCCUCUUCUCCAACCCCUGCCCAAUCAUUUCCCUCCGGAUGCCGACGGACCCACGCAGAAGCGCCUUCUUCUGCAGGCUCUUCUCACCAGUGCGUCAUCGAAUCCCGUUUUCGUCUCACCUGGGCAUCUGAUCACCCUUCAAACCGCCGUGGAAAUAGCCCUGCGAUGCUCCAUCCAUCGGAUUCCGGAGCCAACACGAAAGGCUGAUUUGCGAACACGUGAAGAGCUGGCCAAAUUCGUAGACGCUGAACAAGUUGACAAUGGGCUGCAAACUUGA